AUGGCUUAUCAAUUCGCGGCUUUUACACCCAAUGAUCCUCGUUUGGCACGCUUGCAACCGAUCAUUGCACGUUAUGAAAUGAGCCCAGAAGUUGCUGCACGUCUUCGAACAUUAGAAAAUUGUGAAAUUGUCAUUCUUGUUGAUGAUUCUGGCAGUAUGAAUAUGCCAUUACAAGGGUCGAAUCAAACCCGUUGGGAUGAAAUUGCUCCAACUGAUGAACAAGGAAAUGUCGGUAUUGGUCAAUUGGAAUCGGUUUUACGCAAUGAACGUACACCACAAACCUAUGUAAGCUUUUUGACUUGCACGAAUAAUCUUGAUGAUGUCAAAUAUUUGUCCAAUUGGGAUAAGAAUAUACCUAAUGUUGAUGUUCUUGAUGAUUAUCGUUCUGAACGAGCGGAAGUUCAGCGUGUUCGUGGAAACAAUUUUUCAUUUUCAUAUGGAGACUAUAUUGCCAAGGCUAUCCUUGGUCCUGUCGAUCCAUGGUUAGUAUCUUCUUGUGAAAUGAAUCAUCAUCAUUAUUUUUGUUCUUUUGGUUGA